AAUUUUCAUACUUAACUGUAUAUAAUCUUUAUUUAAUUGAAUUUUACAUCAGUCUUGUCGUAGUGCUAUCUAGAUUAGUGCUCGGAGUUGCGAAAUUUAUAUCAUGUGUCUUAGUUGUCUGGAAUAGACUGAAGAAAAAACCUUAAAUAUGGCGGCACACAGAAACUAUGAAUAUAACAUCGUUCAAGAUGUUGAGCUUCAAGAAAUCGAUAUGGCCAUGAACGGGUCAACGGACAAAAAUGGGAUGAAGGUGGAUAAAGCAGCCGCCUCGCUCGAUGACGCCAUGCUGUUAUCGGGUUUCGGCAUAUACAACAUAUCCCAUAUGUUGAUGUCUGGCGUGAUACUCCUGGGUAUGAUCAUGCAGAGUUUGGCUUUGGGGUACAUCCUGCCCGCUGCGCAAUGUGACUUGGAUUUGACGCUGCAGCAGCGAGGGUGGCUGUCUGCAAUUCCUUUCUUAGCUAUAAUCCUGACAUCCUACCUCUGGGGCUGGUUGGCAGACACUCAAGGCAGGAGACCAGUCAUGCUAUUCUCCAUGAUGAUAUCUGCCGUAUUCUCAGCAUUCGCCAGUUUUGCGCCAGAUGUCAUCUCCUUUGGUAUCCUGGUCUUUUUAUCCGCCAUUUUUAUGUCUGGAUCAUCAGCAGUGGUGUACACAUAUCUGGGCGAGUUCAAUAACCUGCGCCAUAGAGACAAGAUGGUCGCCUUCGGGUCUUCCUUCGUCGGCAUUGGCACCGUCAUCUUGCCAUGUGUAUCCUGGCUUAUCCUACCACUGGAGUUUGCCUACCCAAUCUCGAUUCUGGGCAUCGAGUACCGCCCAUGGCGUCUAUUAGUGGUGGCUUGCGCUUUACCCUUUGCAUUGGGUUCCGUACUCCUGGCCUUUGCACCAGAAAGCCCCAAGUUCCUGUUCGCGACUGGCAACUACGAUGCGGCCUUGGAUGUGGUGAAAAGGAUCUACCAUAGAAACACCAAGAAAGAUGUUGACACUUUUCCUAUAAAGUCCUUGAUAGUAGAACAUCAGAUGGCUAAAACCUCGAACGUGCAAGGUCUCGCUGCCAUCUGGACCUCAAUGAAAGAGCAGACAGUCCCUCUUUUCCAGCGCCCUCUCCUCGCCUGGACUGCUCUCACUUGCUUCGUGCAGUUUGGAAUAUUUGCCACGACGAACGGUUUCUACGUAUGGUUCCCAUCGAUCCUGAACUCCCUGGCGCAUCAUGAGGGAGGAGAGACCAGGAUCUGUGACGUGCUCGAUGCUGGACGAGAUGCAGUGUCCAAUGGAACUAUGAUCUGUGACGACACUAUCCACACAUCGACAUUCGAGCGUUCCAUCUACAUCGGUCUAGUCUUUUCCUCCAUGUACAUCAUCGUGGGCUUCCUCGUGGACUAUGUGGGCAAGAAGCCCAUCCUCGUGGUGAUCCUGGGCAUCACUGGCAUCUGUGGGAUCUGUGCCCAUCUUGCGUAUAACCAGCAACUAGCCGUGGUUCUGUUCGCCGUGUUCCAAAUGUCAGGCGCCUGUAUUGGGCUCAUGAAUGCUGUGGCCGUUGAGCUGUUCCCUACUAAGUUUCGAGCUAUGGCGAUAUGUCUGUCCAUGAUGAUGGGUCGAGUGGGCUCCAUGGUGGGCUCCAAUCUCAUAGGAUUGUUCCUGGAGGUCAACUGCGGAGCAGGAUUUUACCUGUUUGGUUCCAUUAUUAUAGUAAAUUCCCUCUUCUGUCUUACGCUACCAAACAAGAAGAGAAUACCACACAAGAAGAUUGUAGUGGAGUCCACACAGAACGAGACCCACGAACCGGUAUGAACCGGUUACAACCAGACUUGUACUGGACAGAACUAGUCAAUUCUGUUUACGAAGAGAGCUUGAAGGAUGUGUGAAGAUAAUAAAUACUCUUACUAAUUACCCUAUAGGUAAAUUAACACUGAGUACUAACUAAUUGUAAAUAUUAUUAACAAGUCUUUUAGGUAUACCAAAAUAAUUCAUAGAAAACGGUACAGUGGCGGAUUUAGGUCUGUCGAUAUUGCUUUCUUGAAGCUCGUUGAAAAUUAUAUAACAAAACGUCUUGAACAUAUCUGUAUGUAUAUGCAUUAUCAAAAGAAAAAAGCACGUCCGUGGUUCUUUCCCACCACACCACACCCGCAACACCAAAGAAGUUACGAGCACGUUGCCGGCCUUUUGGGGAUAAGGGUUUCGGAUAUUUAAGGAUUGGGAAAGGUUGGCGACUGGGGGAGUGAUUGGGCCGGUAACCUCACUCACACGGCGACACAACGCUCUAUGGUUGUUUCACGCCGGUUUUCUGCGAAGCCGUGGUGUCACUCCGGUCGAGCGGUUCGUGCCGAAGCUUGGCUCUCCCACAAUUUCGUUAUACGGAGAACCAUUAUAAGCAGGUUCUUUAUGUUCGGACCUUAUGGGCGGGGCGGCCCCCUCUUAUCCGCGGGCCCUAGACUAAUUAUUGUUUUGACUUUGUUGUUAAUUCAGCACUGAUCCGAUUUUUACUUCAAUUGUAUUAUAUUAAUACGGAAACUAAAUUAACUUCAUUAAUUCCAAAAGUCGUUUCUAUAGUAAUCUACUGUAUAUAUGUUAAAUAGAUGAGUUUGCGAUUGAUAUACCAAAGAGACACCAGUUGAAAGUGAAUUCAGAUUAAUAUAAAGGUAAAAAUUAUUUGUUAUUUAUUUAUAUAAAAUAAGUAUUUUUAACACUUCUAAAUUAUGAUAUUAGAUUUAAGUAGAAGAAAUAAAUUUUAAUUAUAAGAAUUUAAGUGUAUUUUAUUUUUAAUUAGUUGCUAGGCCGAUGUCAAAAUCCGGUCUCUAAGGAUCCUACUAUCCUAUCCUACUAAUAGUAUAAAUGUUAAAGUUUGUAAGAAUUUAUUGAUGUAUGUAUGUUUGUUAUUG